GUGUGUGUUCUGACUCCCCUCCUCUCUCUACCCCACGCAGGUGUGUGUGAGUGUGCCGACUUCACCACAGGACCGAACUGCGAGCACUGCCUGGGUGGUUACUAUGGCAACGUGUUGAUUGGCACAACCAACGACUGUCGAACUUGCCCCUGCCCGGACCGCACUAGCUGUGCUCAAAUGAUGGAGAUGGGGGAUGUGGUCUGUACCAACUGCCCUCCAGGACAGAGGGGUGAGACGAAAUCAUAUUACAUUACUGUUAGAUGUAUGGUAAUGGGAACAAACCAUUCCAUUCCCCCAACCUGGGAUGCAUCCCAAAUGUCACCGUAUUCCCUAUAUAGCACCCUAUUCCCUAUAUAGUAGACAAUAGGGUGCCAUUUGGGACACAACCCUGAAGUUCAUUGUUUGCUCAGUGAAGCAGAUUUCCACAAAUUGGCUGACCGGUUUUUAUAAAACCAGUGUCCUCACUGUCUUGAUCAAAUUAAUCUUGAUCCUAGCAUGUGUAGAGCACAGUGUGUGAAUUAAACAUAUUCCCUUGUCAUUACAAUAAUUUAAUAUAGCUGAAUUUGAAGUUUGUCUGAAAGAUAUUGAUUUAGGUUUAAAUUAAAAUGGCCCCCGAAACCCCCCACCCACCCACACACACACACACACACAAACACCUUCUCUCCUCAGGAACCAGGUGUGAGAUGUGCGAGGACGGUUUCCACGGUGACCCCCUGGGCCGGUCUGGGCUGGUUCGGCAGUGCGAGCGGUGCGACUGUAACGGUAACGUGGACCCCAACGCGCUAGGCGUGUGUGAUCACAUGACGGGCCGCUGCAUUAAGUGUCUGGGACACACAGAGGGAGACCACUGUCAACGUUGCCGACGCGGUUACUAUGGAGAUGCCAUGGACCGGACGAUGGCCCGGAAGUGCAAACGUGAGUGUGUGAACUUGGGAAGGGUGUAUAUAGUUGUUGUUUUUUACUGUGACAUAGGUUUUUGAAUUAAGGGGAAAUACAAAAUAAAAAUGUAGAAUGUUUUGACAAUGAAUGUAUUUGAAUGUGUUAUAUCGUUUGUUUGUGUGUAUCGAUGUGUGUUUGUGUGUCUGUGUAUAUGUGCCCUUUAUGUGUGGAUAUAUAGUGAACUUUUCUUGAAGGUUUGAAAAGUGUUUUCCACUUACUGUACUAUUGACUUGACUUCAGCAAUUCUCACAAUUCUAAAGAUUCUAAAGAUAGUAAAAUGAUUCUUAUUCAAAGUUAGAGCUUGGGAGUUGUGGUUAAAAGUGCCAUUAGGAACUCCACAGUUGUUGUAAAGUGGGAGAACAUCUUGUUUACAGGCUCUCUCUCUCUCUCUCUGAGUGAACGGGGUUCAGAGAAAGAAGCAGCGGGCAGUCUGCCCUGACGAGCUGACAUUCCAACCACAGUACUUUGUCUCCAUUAUAAUGUAUGAAUAGAAAGAGAAAAGUUUCAACUUAAAAUACACUUUUUUCUCCUGAUAUACAUGAAGAGCCUUGGAGGAUUUGAAUACUGCAGAUGUAUGAGAGUGAGAGUGAUAAAGAGAGAGAGAUAAAGAGAGAGAGAUAAAGAGAGAGAGAUGUAUGUAAUGUCUCUGUCCCCCAGAAGUACCUGAGCUGUUCCAUCUAUAACCCCAGGGCUGAGCAGAGUUUGCAUCCUAAAUGGCACCCUAUUCCCUACAUAGUGCACUAGUGCACUGAUAUAGGGAAUAGGGUGCCAUUUGGAAUGCAACCAGAGAAGACAGAGUGGUGAGGGAGAGGCCCAUGAGUCUCCCUGAGUCUCACUCUGCUGUCUCCCUCACUGAGUUACACACACACACACACACACACACACACACACACACACACACACACACACACACACACACACAUACACAUACAGGGAAACACUGAGUUACACACACACACUCAGUCUUAGGGAAAUAUGGCUGCCCCACAGACAUCUCACAGAUAGAUGGUCUGUUCUGCCACUACACUGUUCCAGAUCACAUUCUCUCUCCAGAUUAAAUCCUGCAACUAGUGAGGUCUGGCCGCCCGACACCCUGCCCGCUCGACCCCAUCCCCUCCUCCCUUCUCCAGACCUUCUCCCAACUCAUCCCUGACCACUGGCUGCAUCCCCCGCCUGAAUCGCUCCCCUCAAGAAACCAACGCUAGACUCCUCUGACGUCAAAAACUACAGACCAGUAUCCCUUAUUUUCUUUCCAAAACACUUGAGCGUGCUGUCUCUGACCAACUAUCUCUCUCAGAAUGACCUUCUUGACCCUAACCAGUCAGGCUUCAAGACAGGUCACUCAACCGAGACUGCUCUUCUCUGUGCUCUUCUCUGUAGAGCAUGACCCUGGACAAUACCCUGUCGUUCUCUGCAAACAUUAAAGCAGUGACACGCUCCUGCAGGUUCAUGCUCUACAACAUCUGUGGAGUACAACCCUAACUCACACAAGGAGCGGCUCAGGUCCUUUCCAGGCACUUGUCACUCGCUGUUGGCUGGGCUCCCCGCUUGGGCCAUCAAACCCCUGCAACUUAUCCAGAACGCUGCAGCCCGCCUGAUGUUAAAACUUCCCAAGUUCUCCCAUAUCACCCCGCUCCUCUACACACUCCACUGGCUUCCAGUCGAAGCUCACAUCCACUAAAAGACCAUGGUACUUGCCUACAGAGCAGCAAGAGGAACUGUCCCUCCAACCCGAGCACUCUGUUCUGCCACCUCUGGUCUUUUGGCCCGCCCACUCCUACGGGGGGGGGGGGGGCAGCUCCCGCUCAGCCCAGUCCAAGCUCUUCUCUGUCCUGGCACCCCAAUGGUGGAACAAGCAUCCUCCCAAGUACCUGCCAUCUUCCGAAAACAUCUGUAACCCUAUCCCCCUCGCACCCCCCUUGUAAAAUAGAGUGAAUGGAUAGAUUAGAAGAUCGAGUGAAUGGAUAGAAGAUUGAGUGAAUGGAUAGAGGGAGGGAAAUAAUCGAUCACAGCAGUGUCUGCAUUGAUAGAGGGAUACGCUUCAGUGUUUUGUCAGGCUUGUCACAGACCCAUUCUUUAUACUGUGUUUAAUUUAUGUACUUUUUCUAUGAUGUAUAUGAUUCACGUACCUUUUUGUAUACUGUGUUUGAAUUGUGUUCUGUUUUGAUCAUGUAUGUGUGUGUUUGAUGUGAGGUUGCGUGGUUGAUGUGUGGUUGACAUGUGGUUGUGUCUUCACCCAGCCUGCGACUGCAGUCCUGCAGGGACUUCUGGGCUGUUGGAGGACUGUGACCCCCAGACAGGAAGUUGUCAGUGCCUUAGUCAUGUGACCGGGGGAGACUGUGGCCAGUGUUCAGUCGGCUUCUUCAAUCUGCAGCCUGGAGUAGGCUGUGAGAGGUACAGGGAAUUCUCCAGGGAUUCUGCUAUCUUCUAUAUGGUUUAGAAUAGGCAUUUUAUUUCUGUGGUGCUGACUCCAUACUUAUACUGUAGUUCUGUUUUGUAUCGUUAAUAGUUAUUACAGUAUGUGAAUCACUUUUUACAUCGUCUGUUUCUAAGGUGCAACUGUAACCCCAUUGGCUCGUCUUCCACGGCGUGCCACCAGAUCACAGGGCAGUGUGUGUGUCGGCCGGGAGUGGAGGGGCGGCUGUGCAGCACCUGUCGUAUGGGCUUCUUUGAUUUCUCCUCGCGAGGCUGCAGAGGUAGCUACAGUAGCCUAUACUGUAAUUGGGGCUAGAAGUCCUUGUGUGUCAAAUACUAAGACAAACCAAAAUAUAUGCUAAAACAAGUAAUUCUGAUAACAAUAAGAAGUAAAAAAAUGCAACACGCAAACAUGCAAUGUCCAAUUCUUCCAUUGUUUCACCCCUCUCUGACAUCCAUGUCCCCUGUCUCUUCUACCCUGUCCUCUGCCCCCUGUCCACCCUUGUUUCCCUCUGUCCCCCUGUACCCUGUCCCCCUGUCCACUGCCCCUCCCCUGUCCGUCUCAGCCUGUAACUGCGACCCUAUGGGAUCCAGCUCCAUGCAGUGCCACACAAAUGGCACCUGUCCCUGCCGCCACGGCUUCGUGGGGUACAAGUGUGACCAGUGUGAGCUCAACUACUUCCACAACAGAGCCACGCACCAGUGUGAAGAAUGCCCCAUCUGCUAUGGGUUGGUCAAGGAGCAGGUAAGAUUGCGUGCGUUCAGAUGGCAUCUCACUGUAAGUCUCUCCAGCUUCCUCUCUGUCUCGGUUUGCCUCUCUGUCUGUCUGUCCGUCCAUCUGUCUGCCUGCAUCUCUAUCCGUCUGUCUCCCUUUCUGCUUCUCUGUCUCUGUGAGGUAAAUCUUCAUAGGGGAUAGGUGCUGUUAUUAACCCAUUACCAUCGCAUAAUGCAAUUUGCUCCAAAACAAAAGUUUGUUAUUCAAACACCUACCCAAGAAUGUCUUUGUAGUCUAAAAUCGUGGCCAUCUGGACUCCUUAUUUAAAAAGCCAAGGUAAAUUAAUAGUCAGAGUGAAGUCAAUGUGAAGAUACAGAAAUAGACUCUGUGCGUCCCAAAUGGCACCCUAUUCCCUAUAUAGUGCACUACUUUUGGCCAGAGCCCUAUGGGCCCAGGUCAAAAGUAGCGCACUGCACUAUAUAGGGAGCCAUUUUGGGAUGCAGACAGUUGCUUUAAUGAUCCAGUAUCUCUCUCUUGUCUCCAGAGAUUAGAAUCAAACCCACGCCCCAUAUGUUCUCAACGCUAUGCAGUGGGGGUGGAGAGAAAGAAACCAUAGAGGGAGCACUACAGUAUAGAAACAGAGGGAGAAAUCGUUUCCUCUCUUGUGCUGUAUACAGUAAUAUGUUCCUUUUGUUCAUGUACGUAAAACUAUUAAACUGCAAGAUACCAUACUGUGUUGAGUGUGCAGUAAUUGUUGUUCUUGCUGUAAUAUAAUAACAGAUUUUACCUCCGGGUGGGCUGAAGUGACCAAAUUAUAGGUUUUUAAAGGGAAUGAAAGAUAAGUGGUAUUAUAAAUGCCCUCUCAACCUACAGAUGUCUUAAUUUGACCAGUUUGUCACAGCAGGAAAAUAAUCCAGCAGCAACAGGACAUUUGAGUUAUUAUGUGGAUUAUAAUUUAUGGACAUGUUUAUAGGGGUUUUAAGUGAAAAUUACAAACUUUAGAAGCCUUUUUAAACCUCGAAUUCACUACAAAUUGCAUUUUCUGCUGCACAGGAAAAUUCUCUGCGACAACAGAGUGAUCAAAUUAAUAUAGGACAUCUGUACCUCCUCACCUGCUAGUGUUUAGCAGUGACACACACACACAGGUUGAGCCUGCUAAUUGCCUACUCCGAGAACUUUUGGCUCCAAUGUAUGAAACUGUGCUUAGGGUUGCGCUUGCCCUGUUCCCACUGUGCAGAGGGUAUUGCUUUUAAAAUUGACAAUAGUUUUCACGUUAAGAUAGACAAUCUACUCUUAACGUAGAUGUGUAUCUCUGUGUUUUGAAUGAGAUUGAAUGUACUGCAAAUUUGGCUGGGUGUGAUUUGUUAUUGGCCAUCUGCUUUCAUUGACAAUCUCAUGUUUAAAAAGGCCCAAUGCAGCUGUUUUUAUCUCAAUAUCAAAUCACUUCUGGAUAACAAUUAACUUGUGAUUUCGAUUAAAAUGGCAAAAAAAUAAAAAUAAAUACAGUGGGGGAAAAUAGUAUUUAGUCAACCACCAAUUGUGCAUGUUCUCCCACUUAAAACAAUGAGAGAGGCCUGUAAUUUUCAUCAUAGGUACACGUCAACUAUGACAGACAAAAUUAGAAAAAGAAAUCCAGAAAAUCACAUUGUAGGAUUUUUAAUGAAUUUAUUUGCAAAUUAUGGUGGAAAAUAAGUAUUUGGUCAAUAACAAAAGUUUCUCAAUACUUUGUUAUAUACCCUUUGUUGGCAAUGACACAGGUCAAACGUUUUCUGUAAGUCUUUACAAGGUUUUCACACACUGUUGCUGGUAUUUUGGCCCAUUCCUCCAUGCAGAUCUCCUCUAGAGCAGUGAUGUUUUGGGGCUGUCGCUGGGCAACACAGACUUUCAACUCCCUCCAAAGAUUUUCUAUGGGGUUGAGAUCUGGAGACUGGCUAGGCCACUCCAGGACCUUGAAAUGCUUCUUACGAAGCCACUCCUUCAUUUCCCGGGCGGUGUGUUUGGGAUCAUUGUCAUGCUGAAAGACCCAGCCACGUUUCAUCUUCAAUGCCCUUGCUGAUGGAAGGAGGUUUUCACUAAAAAUCUCACGAUACAUGGCCCCAUUCAUUCUUUCCUUUACACGGAUCAGUCGUCCUGGUCCUUUUGCAGAAAAACAGCCCCAAAGCAUGAUGUUUCCACCCCCAUGCUUCACAGUAGGUAUGGUGUUCUUUGGAUGCAACUCAGCAUUCUUUGUCCUCCAAACACGACGAGUUGAGUUUUUACCAAAAAGUUAUAUUUUGGUUUCAUCUGACCAUAUGACAUUCUCCCAAUCCUCUUCUGGAUCAUCCAAAUGCACUCUAGCAAACUUCAGACGGGCCUGGACAUGUACUGGCUUAAGCAGGGGGACACGUCUGGCACUGCAGGAUUUGAGUCCCUGGCGGCGUAGUGUGUUACUGAUGGUAGGCUUUGUUACUUUGGUCCCAGCUCUCUGCAGGUCAUUCACUAGGUCCCCCCGUGUGGUUCUGGGAUUUUUGCUCACCGUUCUUGUGAUCAUUUUGACCCCACAGGGUGAGAUCUUGCGUGGAGCCCCAGAUCGAGGGAGAUUAUCAGUGGUCUUGUAUGUCUUCCAUUUCCUAAUAAUUGCUCCCACAGUUGAUUUCUUCAAACCAAGCUGCUUACCUAUUGCAGAUUCAGUCUUCCCAGCCUGGUGCAGGUCUACAAUUUUGUUUCUGGUGUCCUUUGACUGCUCUUUGGUCUUGGCCAUAGUGGAGUUUGGAGUGUGACUGUUUGAGGUUGUGGACAGGUGUCUUUUAUACUGAUAACAAGUUCAAACAGGUGCCAUUAAUACAGGUAACGAGUGGAGGACAGAGGAGCCUCUUAAAGAAGAAGUUGCAGGUCUGUGAGAGCCAGAAAUCUUGCUUGUUUGUAGGUGACCAAAUACUUAUUUUCCACCAUAAUUUGCAAAUAAAUUCAUAAAAAAUCCUACAAUGUGAUUUUCUGGAUUUUUUUUCCUCAUUUUGUCUGUCAUAGUUGACGUGUACCUAUGAUGAAAAUUACAGGCCUCUCUCAUCUUUUUAAGUGGGAGAACUUGCACAAUUGGUGGCUGACUAAAUACUUUUUUCCCCCAAUGUAUAUUCUUAGCAAAGAGCAAUUUCUCAAGCAAGAACUUUGCUAGGACUGUCUGGGUGUGGUCUUAGUGGGGAGGGGACAACUGAAAACUAGCUGUUAUUGUCAGAGAGGUUUGGAACUCUUUCUUAUUGGUCUAUUAACUAAUUUACUCCCCACCACAACAAGCUGAAAUUUCAAGCAGUCCUUUCAAACAGCUCUAACACUAAAAGGGCAGUAUCAUCAUUUUCAGAAUCUCACUGUAUUAUUACAACCUCAGUGUGGAAAUAUAUAUAAAACACAGGAAAAUCUUUUUGACUGCACUGGGCCUUUAAAAGGGUGAAAUGCGUACACCUAUACAACAUUUUCCUGGUCCUGGAUCUGAAAGGAAACCAUAUCUUCAUCAGGAACCAGUUUGGGGUCUAAAUGUUGUUCUUUUUUCAUUACACAUUUCAGGAGCAGCAUACCAGAGUGCAAAUGUGUAUUUUUAUCAUCAUUGACAAUCUCCCCCACCAAACCUCCAUUGUAUGGUGUUCUGGUGUUUUCCCAUACAGGCAGGGAAACUGAAGGCACGGCUGCAGAAUUUGGAGAAGCUCCUGGCACGCUUCGACUGCCGGAGUGACUACGGGCGCCAGCAUCACGUGCGUGAGUAUCACGUGCGCCAGCAUCACGAGCGUGGGCAUCAGGGGGAGGACAGCCUGCCCAAUGCCCUGGAGGAAUUCCUGGCUAUCCAAGGUAACCAAUCAGCACCCACUCACUCAUUCCACACGAACAAUCAGAAAACUCUGUGA